AUGGACAAAUACAAUAGCCACCGUCCACCGUCAUCUGUACGAAGCCUAGUCAACACAUCCAGCUUUCAUCAUGUUGCUCCAACAGUAACACCUCCUGCAUCACCUCCCUCUUAUCCCUCCCACCCGCCUGCAUCCUAUCCGAUCAGCCCACCAAGUACCCGCGCAUCAAUAGCGAGCGUAAAAACGAAUAACACGAACUUCGCAAAUGAGCAACGAAAACCACAUACUAAUCCCAUCAUUGAGGCAACGAAUUUACGAGCACAAGAUGAGCAAGAUAUGCAAAGCAUUCUCCAUAAUGUCCAAUUGUCGUGUCAAAUCUGGAAUGCCGAAAUCGAGCCGGAACACGAGACGACCGAUCUCUGCGAUUGUGCUGUUCACAAAUACUAUAAGAAAAAGAUCGAUCGACUAGAAGUUCAGGAGAUAUGGUCAAAGGCUGUUUUGUAUCCUGGAGAGAAAUCAUAUCAUGAUUGCACUCACUUGCGUCUGUUCAACAACAACCCAUACUCAACCGAGAUCAUUUCACCAUACGGCUUCGGUGGUGUGGCACUAUCCAAGAUUGCCAGAGCUAACCCCGAAUACCAUGUUGAGUUUCUCCACCAGACAAUAGCACUUAACACAACUCUCAAUGCCAAAGCAAAAAUAGCCGUUCAAGCUCUGGAGCCCUCUUUCAAUAUAUGGGACCUUGAACAACUGGAGUCGCUGGUCAAGAAUAUGUCUGGGCCUCGAGCAACGCCCGAUGACGAUACUCACGAUCAUAAAUUAUCCAAACGGGCAACUUUCAAAAAGGCCUUGUCGGUCAAGACAUCCGACGAGAGAGCUGCCGGCAAGAUAAAGAAGAAGUUUUCCGGUGGCUUCGAACUCCGCGAGGCAAUUCUCAAAGAAGAGAACGGUCGCUGGCAGAAUGAAUGUGAUAAAGGAAUAGUGCAAUCAUAUCAGCAGGUGAUCGGCAUUUCAUCGCAAAUCAAUGAGCUACGAAAAAAUCACCCCCUUCAAUAUUUGCAUCUUCUACGUGCAGGAUACUUCGAACCUAUUCCUAUAGCAUGGACUCGAGACUCUCAGACAUCCAACGUCCUCAAAUUCUCAAUAGAUGCUGCUGUGGGAUGGAGAGGAAUAACCCCUGCAUGGAGGGGAUAUGAAACUACUGCUGAAGAGAGACUGUACUGGGUGUUGAGCCAUCGCAACGGAGGUGGUGUUGUCAUGAAGCCUGAUAUAGUCUCCGCUUUAGACACGGCUCGCGCUCGUAUGGCUUCAGCUGUUGAGAUACCUCCAGCCUAUCAUUCAACGGAUGAUACUUGCCAUAUUCAGAACACCUCACAGGGAUAUUCAAAGCAAGUCAGGAAUACUUUUAGAUCCUGGAGCGGCGCCCUGUCGCGCAUGGACGAGACAAUGAUACUAUUGGAUGCGUCUGGAUCUAUGGAAUUCAACCCUGCACGACCAAAAUACAACAAGUAUCUUAUCACAGGCUUCUCCAAAGUGGAUCUCGCAAAAGCAAUAAUUAGUCGAUUCGUUGACGCCAUGCAAACCUUUAGUAAUUCAUCAUACGGCUAUCAUCUGGUCACAUUUUCAAAUCAAGCAAGCGAUAUAGGUCUUGUGAAUAGGUGGAACAUAAAUCAGAUCUGGGGAAACGUUCAAUUUGGAGGACGGACCCGAAUCAUGACCGGAUGGAGCAAGAUUAAAGAGUUACAUUUCCAGAAACAUUCCCAAACAGCAAAAUAUCAUCCCACAUAUGGGUGGCAAGCAGGACCUGAGACCCCAAGUCUAAGGCUAGUCUUGAUACUCGAUGGAGAAGCCAACGACAUGGAUGAAUUUGAACUUGAUCUUCUCAGCCUUUCUUGGGCAUAUGUCACUAUCUUUUUGAUCGGCGUCGAAGGAAGUCUUAACCAUCAUCGGCACGCCAACAGAUUACAACGAAUAAGUGAGAUCAACCCUCGAGUAUCCUUUGUUGAAGCACAAGGAAACAUCUCUGAGCGAUUUGUCCUGCAUGAACUCCUCAAAAGACAUAUCGGCCGUGAGAUUCCCAUGUCCGAAUUGAGAGACCUAGAGCAGUCCACGGCGGAACUACCAUCUCCACAGCAGGUCCGACAAGAAAGACACCCUUCAGUUGGGGUACAAAUUGAACAAACCCCGGUCGAGCUGCCUUCACUAGAAGAAACAAGACAUUGGCAAGUUCGGCAGCAACAUGGCUCAGCGCUGGUCGAACUACGGGCGGAUCGCGAUCCCAUCGAAUUACCUGCUACAGAGACGUUGUCGAUAUCACCAACCUCGGGACGAUAUUCACCAUUUCCGCCACCGGAUAGGCCCCUACCGCCGCUCCCUGCUCUUCCCCGGCUUCAACGUCCGAGCCCAUUACAUCCCGAACAGUCGCCACAGGGACCACUGCCUCCAUACUUUGAGAACUUCAUACGAUAG